AAUUGCUCAGUUUACACACAAAAAAGAAGUAUUAAAAUGGUGAUUAUUAUCUUUCACUUCUUCUUGAUAUACAGUGCUGCAGCAGUUGGUCUUGCUCCACCCUCAACUUAUCUAGAUGGUUGCCAGCCGAUGAGCUGCAAACGCGGCGCCCCCUCCGUGCGGUUCCCCUUCCAAUUAAAAGGCCGGCAACAUGAAAGCUGUGGCUCACCAGGGUUUAACCUGUCCUGCAACAACAAGAACCAGACGGUGCUGGAGCUGCCCUAAUCGGUGAAGUUGUUGGUGAAGCGUAUAGAUUAUGUAAAGCAAAUGAUUCAAGUGUAUGCUGAAGAUGGUUGCGUCCAAAAUCAGCUCCCAAAUCUCACAAUGUCUUUGUCUCCUUUCAAUCUCUUAUCGGACAGUUAUUAUUACAGCGAACUGGGAAACUUUACUUUGUUCGAAUGUUCCGAUGAGGACCAAUCCGACUACAGUAAUGAUAACAGCUUGUUCAACCAAAUUAAAAGCUUGUUUAACCAAAUUAAAGCUUUCCUAGGAAGUGUUGUUUUAAUCAGAAGCAAAGCAUGCUGCUGAUAAAGUUUAAAAAUGGUGAUGUGUGCAGGUGCAAGAACGAAGCUGAUGAUUUCAGGUAUAAGUAUCGGUUCCUUUUUUCUUGCACUCAGCCUUUCUGUUGUUCUAUAUAUGCACCAUUUGCAUAAAAAAGAGAAAGACGCUCAGCGCAAAAUCGAACAGUUUUUGGAAGAUUACAAAGCUCUCAAGCCCUCUCGAUAUUCCUAUGCUGAUAUCAAGAGGAUCACCUUUGAUUUCAAGGAAAAGCUGGGACAAGGUGGCUAUGGAACUGUUUUCAAAGGUACACUUUCCAACGAUGUUUCCGUUGCCGUUAAGCUUCUUAACAAUUUCAAAGGAAAUGGGGAAGAGUUCAUCAACGAAGUCAGCUCCAUGGGUCGAAUCCACCAUGUCAAUGUCACUCGUCUCGUCGGCUUUUGCGCCGACGGGUAUAAUCGAGCCUUGGUUUACGAGAACUUACCCAAUGAGUCAUUAGAGAAGUUCAUAUUCGGAGACAAAGGUGAGAAUCAUUUCCUGGGCUGGGAAAAGCUUCACGAAAUUGCUCUAGGCAUUGCCAAAGGCAUUGAGUACUUGCACCAAGGCUGUGAGCAAAGAAUCCUCCAUUUCGACAUCAAACCUCACAAUAUCUUGUUGGACCAGCACUUCAAUCCGAAAAUCUCCGAUUUCGGGUUAGCCAAGCUAUGUUCUAAAGAGCAGAGUGCGGUAUCAAUGACAGCAGCAAGGGGAACCAUGGGCUACAUUGCACCUGAAGUGCUGUCUAGGAACUUUGGGAACGUAUCCUACAAAUCAGAUGUUUAUAGUUUUGGAAUGAUGCUGCUGGAAAUGGUGGGAGGACGCAAAAAUAUCGAUGUCAAAGUGGAACAUAUGAGCCAAGUCUACUUCCCAGAAUGGGUUUAUAAUCGUUUGGACAAAGGUGAAGCGUUGGGAAUGAGCAUUGAGAACGAAGAGCAUGAUAAGAUAGCAAAGAAGCUUACAAUUGUUGGACUUUGGAGCAUCCAAUGGUAUCCGGUGGAUCGUCCAUCAAUGAAAUCGGUGGUUCAAAUGUUGGAAGGAGAGGUUGAGCAUCUCACAGUACCGCCAAAUCCUUUUGCCUCUAAAGAUGAAAUGAGGGCUAAACUGCCCAUAAACAGAGAGCUUCAAAAUAUUUCUGAAUAAUUAAGAGUAUAUAUCAAACCAAUAUCCGAUCUCUUAUAUUAUAAAAAAUUAAGAGUACAUAAA